AUCACACGUGUAUUCCUUAAAGGUUCAGUGUGCGAUUUAUGUGAAAGGGAUCUAUUGGCAGAAAUUGAAUCUAAAAUAAUCCUAAUGAUGUUUUCACUAGUGUGUGAUCUUCUAUAUUGUACAAUUAGUUUUUUUUCUUGACUCUAAAAUGGGCCCUUUGUAUUUGAAUACUUUAUAUUUACAUCGGGAGAGGGUGAGGUGAGGGGUAUUCAGCUGCAACAUGCAACUUCACCACUAGAUGUCACUAGAUCCUACACACUGAACCUUUAAACCCAGGAAUGAUGUUUUACCCUGGGGUUUGUUCUUUAUGGUGUCAGGAGUCCUUCUGACUCAUUCAUACUUUCUCCCCCAUAUUUGCAACUCUCAGGUGUUGGAUGAUCACAAUGUCCGGCGGCGUUUUCGGGCGAGUAACUAUCGAACCUCAACACAUGUGGCGCCGUUCAUCUGCACCAUGCCCCUGGACCUGGAUGAGGGGUGGAAUCAGAUUCAGUUCAACCUUUCGGACUUCACCGGGAGGGCGUAUGGAACGAAGUAUGUCGAGACGCAGCGUGUACAGAUCCACGCAAACUGUCGCAUUAGGAGGGUGUAUUUCUCUGACAGACUGUACUCUGAGGACGAACUCCCGGCAGAGUUUAAACUUAAUGUCAAAAAUACGAAGGCCAAGCAGUAGACCUUCUCCACCUCUCGUUACCUCUGUUCUUCUUCUUCUACGUGCUCCAUUCUCCUCCUUCUGAUGAAAUUCAACACUUUGCAGUGCUAUGAGUUUUGAGUGCUGUCUUGUGUUGCUCUCUGUACAGACACGUAUUUUCUGGACUCACUUUCUGUUACAGUUUUCAAUGCAUUGUUGUUAAAUGUGAAUAUUUUUGGCAAUAGAAACAAAGAAAGCAAGGCAGAGUUAAAAGUAAAGAAUGUAAAAUAAAUACACUUGUACUGCAUAGCUGGGUUUGUCUCAGUGUUUGUGCCAUAACUGCUUGGGCCAACCUUACAGUAUCAUAUCGAACUUAUAAAGUCUGGUAUCGCCCAUUUCUAACUUCAACUGAUGGGACUGUAAAGUCUUUAUAGUAAAUGUUUAAUGUUGUAAGGUCCCUGCACAAUGUUAUGUGAAUCAACUUGCAGAAAUACUGAUACUGUGUAAAUUGCUGACUGUGAAAUGAGUGCUUUUCCAUAUUUAAAAAUAUGUCAAAAUAAA